AUGGCCGCCGAUCACGCGUUGCUCGGAGGUUCGGGUGGUCUACGGUCGAGGCGCGGUCUUCCAGACCUACAUGAAGUCCGUGGUUCGCAUGCAGGCCGCGGCGGCGGCUCGGGAGUGUCGCCUCUUACCCGUCCAAGCCCCUCGGGGAAACGCGACGCGGAAGGAAACCUCGUUGUAAGCACGCCGGGGCGCUUCUCGACGCUAGGAGUCAGCCCGCACGGGCCUCUUCAAUUGGCGGAAGGAGGCGGCGGCUCCGGAGACAGCGCGCACCUGUCUAUCAGCCCGGAGGCGGUUUUGGCGGCGGAGCUUUCGAAGAUCGGCGUGUCGCCUGCCGUCAUUGCCGCCGCGGCUAACGCGUCGGCUCGCAAUGUAGGAAGCGGCAUGGCGGAUGUUUCCGCGCAAUGGGGAAGGGGAGGGCUAAACCCUAAAGCGAGGACGGGGAGCUGGGGGGGGGAAACGGGCAAGGAAGGGGGGAAAAGACACGCUGGCGCUGGGGUGUUUGCGGGGACAGCGGGUCUGGCGGGAUUAUUUCCGCCGCAGGACGACAGCCCGCCGGGGGGAAGCGGAAGCAUUUCGAGCGGGCGCGGCAGCCAGGGGGCGCAGCAGCAGGCCGCGGGCGGGGGACACCAGCAGUCGCUGCAGAAGCAGGGAUCUGGAUCAGACUAUUCCAUGGACGGCCAUACGGAAGGCCCUACAACGUUUGCCGGCAGUCCCGGCGCCGACGGCGCGGGAGGCGGAGGGACCGGCGGAAAUGCCAACACGCACGGCCACAUGGCUGGAUACUCUACCAAACCGCGAAGCGUCGCGGAGCGCAUGCGGAGGGAGAAAAUCACGUCGCGACUUCAGAGCCUUAAGGAGGUGCUUCCUAAGAUGGACGCUAAGACUGACACGUCAGCAAUGCUGGAAGACGCGGUGGUGUACAUUCAGUCGCUGCAGGCGCGGUGUAAAGCGCUGGAGCGACAGAACGGGGCUCUGUCGCAACAGCUGCGCGAAAUCGGGGUUACACCAGCCGUUAUGGGUAACCCUCCGUUUUAUAACCAUCAAUAA